CGAAGCAGCAACAAUGAGACAAACGAUCUCUUCUUCAAAUCGGUGACAAGCACCCCCAUCUCCACCAACAUAUAUCCUCUUCUUCAAACUUUCCGGUGCCCAAUCAUAUUCGAUGAUUGAUUGGAAAUAUAGCGUUGAUGACAAUAUAUAUGAUAAUGAUGGAAUACCUCUAUAGCCUGUUGAUCUUUCAAAUCCAACAUGACUUGGGAAUCAGGGAUCCUGAAAAAAAAGUUCAACUUGGAGAAAAAAUUUGCUGUUUCAGAUUGUUGUUAAAGCUACAGACAUGCUUGUUGACUAUUCAGACGACGAUCCGGUUAUUGACAUUCUGUUUUUGAUAAGCUGAAUGAAAUCGGUGACCGAAUCCAAGAAGUGGGCGGUACUAUUUAGACAUUUUUGAACGUUAAAAAACUUUUAACCCGGAAUUUUCAAAGGCUGUGUAGAUUUUUUGAAAAUUGCUUUAUUAGGCUCAAAAUUGUCUGAAAAAGACACCGAAUUUCAUAUUGAAACUCCUUGUAAAAAAAAAUUGUGUUCGGACCAACCAGAGGCUUCAUUGGUCACGUUUGAUGUUCAAGAUAUUCAACGGAUUAAUGUGAAUUCCGCUUCCGCUGUACCAUCUAAAGGAAAACUUUCGAAGACUGAAGGACAUCUUAUUGACAUCACGUGCCGACAUGCAGUAUGUUCGGAGACUGUUUUGGAUGUUCUUGGAAACGUCUCGGAGAAAAUGAAAAAAGGCAUAGAAUUGGCGAGAUCAGUGGCACACCUGGAGCUCUGCCAAGACAAGAUCACAUUCCAAAGACGAUACGUGGCGAUCGAGUUUGAUGAGGAUGAGCUCCUUGACGGAAAAAGUUCAAUUCUGGCUGUUGCUGUAUCGAUUUACUUUGCUAUAGUCGGGCUACGUGUUCCCAGUGAUUUGAUGAUCACUGGUUCUCUAAAUCUGAAGGGAACAGUGAUCCCAAUAUCCGGUCUUGAUAAGACUGUCAAGGUUAUCAAACUCAGAAUCACACUCUCCGGAUCGUCGUCUGCAUGAAGGUUGCCUAACAAUUGCUUGUGAAUGAACUCUUGAAACUUUAACUCGUCUCGUACUCGCAUUGAUCUCAAAUAAAUUAUUUAAAUGAAAAAA